GUGAUCAGUGAAGAGUGAGUUUAAUAUUGACUAUUUAAUAUUGAACAGAGAACAGUGAACUCGCAUUCAAGUCGCUGGACUGAACUCUCCAUCGGGAUUAAACACGGACGCUGUUCUUCAUCGUCACAUGGAACUGGACGGUGAUCUGGGACCAGUGCAGCUUGACUCCCAGUAAAGUCACUGGGCUGGGCUCUACAUCGGGAUCAGUCACAGACGCGGUUCUUCAUCGGUGGUGACUCUACAACUGCAACAUGCAGCCGGUAGGCUUAUCGAGCACAGGGGAACUCUUUGAUUCUCUGAAGGUGUAUCUGAACAACAAGAAGAGACUACAACCCAUCAUUGGCCUGGGCAGCAUUAUAGAGUGUGUGAAGGUGGGGGCGCGCUGCAGAGAAGCAUCGUACCUGUGCGAUGUGUGUGUGUGUCGACUGAGUAAAGCCGACAUGCGAAACCACAUCAUGGGAAGUCUCCACAGAUACAACUACAUUAAAGCCUGGCACCCCCAUCUAGUGAGUGAAUGGAAGGAGAAGUCUGACCUGUCGAGGCUGGCCUGGCCGCUGAUGGAGAUCGCCAAGAAAAUCGAGGAAAAAGAGGGGAGUGGAGAGGUCCAGGUAUGUUCUGUUUAUGUCAGACUGCGUAUAUGUUUGUUUCUGUUUGCAAACAGGUGCGUUUGGAUGAAUUCUCACAUGUUUUUGCACCUUGACAUGAAGUUAAUAGAGGUUGAAAACGUUCUAUACCAGAAGAUGGCAACACUCAGCGAGAAUGAUGCAGUAUCUCUGAUAAAAACUGUAAGAGAUUGGCAAGGUGGACCUGAGAGGGACUCUCAGGCUACAUCUGGUCAGCUGGAGCAACAUUCCGUCCAAUCACAGAGGAUUGUGUUGCUCGGUCGCAGCCAACUGCCCACGAGCGAGAGAUCCCUCGAUGCUGAUGUGAUCUCGGAUAAGAUGUCAACACAGACCAACAAUCCUUAUCCGAUGCAUUCAACUGCAGCUCCUACUACUGAGUCAGAGGGCUGGUUAAGAAACACCUCAACGCCACACUCAAACAACACUGAACCAUCGGUGCUCUCAGAGAACAGCAGCAGCUUUCUUCAUGGCUACAGAGGAACCAAGCCUCUUAUUGGUCUGGGCCGCGUGGUUGAGUGCAGGAUAGACACUGGCUGCUCCUUCCUUUUCUUAUGCCACUGCUGCCGCAUCCGAUCGACCAAAAGGGACAUCAUUGAUCACCUGACCGGCUCUUCCCACCUCAUCAACUACUUGAUGGAAACUUAUCCUGAGCAGGUGGAAGCAUCGACUGCAGAUAUUAAUGAGAACUUUCUCCGAUCACUGGCCAAAAAAGUGGAGCGAGAGGAAGGCAGAGGAGAGCUGAAGGUGAUAAACGCACCAGAAUCACUCUGUAUCCAACUGACUGGCAGAAGUUACCACUGGUGUAUGAGGAUGCUGUGUAACAGAUGGGAUACAAGCACCCAAAAAAACAAAUUAACUGUCAGAGGGCAUAGUGUGAACAAGACCUCGGUUGAGGGCGUGACGGUGAAACAUUCUGCCGUUCUGUCAAAUUGGGGGAAAAGGACGAAGACAAAGAGGAAGAAGGGGAAAGUGGCUAAUACUUUAUUUACGGUAAGCCUGCCUCUUACCGAGGGUCCAGUGGUGCUGCAGAGGACAUCUUUCAGCAAGGACAUCCUCCCGGUGUCCUGUUCACCACCACCGGCCUCAGACCUCUUCUCAUCACCCAAGUCCGACACUGAUGAUGGGAACGCUGGAUCGUUUGCCGUUGACCAUGCUCAACACGACCUCUACAGUGGAGGUGCAGAGACCGGUCAGUACAUGGCAGGGGAGCAAAACUGCACAGUCACUUUGUAUCAAAUGGUGGAAGGUUAUUCCAGGGAUAAUGAACACUUAGGCCAGUACAAAGACACAACUGAGAGAGAAGAUCACAAUGAUUAUUGGGAAAAGAAUCACAAUAGACACCACGGUUCUCAAGAGGGAACAAGAGGGAACUUUGAUGAAGAGAUGGCAACAGAAUAUCGACACAAACACACUGAGGAGCUGCCGCCUGCCAUGCCCCACACUUACAUUCCCUGCUCACCUGAGAUGGGUUACGCUGAACAGUGGUAUCACCAACAACUGCUCCAAAAUCCUCACAUUGCACCAGAUCAUACAAGUCUCAUGAUGGCCGCUGUGGGGCAUGGUGGUAGAGUGGCUCCUCGUUCAGACGCUGCUUGGAUCAACACGUGUCCUCAGUUAGGAGACGUCCUUUCCUACAGUGGCAGUUUCGCACCAGAGAGUAGCGUGUGCUCUCUUGGGACUGAGCAGAGACAAGUGCCAACAUACUUUGAGUUCACCGCUGGCAAUGUCCAGAUAACUCCACAAAGUUAUAUGACGCCUCCUCUGGCCUAUCACGGUGUCCAAACAGGCCACGGGGCGAUGUCUGACCCCAGCUACGGCUAUGGACAGACAACUAAACCUGACUGCUACUUUCCCUAUCCAGACAGCAGCAGCAGCGGUGGUGGGGACAUGUCCUGGUCAAAUGCUUCCAUCCCACCCGUGCCCUCUCUGUAUUAUGGAACCAACUCUGAUUCAAAUUUCAGAGGCACCGGUCGGAGGGUUGAUGAUUUCCAGGGGUGGCGCUAGAACAACUCCAAUGGUCCCACAUGGCUUCUAAUUGUGCUGUCUUAUUAUGCUCACAUAUAAAAUACAAUACGAAGGAUGUUUGCCUCUGAGUUUAGAAAUCAGACUUUUGACUUUUUGACUCACAAUCAGUAUUAUUCUGUUAUUUUUGACAUAUUUUCUUUGACGUGUUUUUAAAAAGCGUUAUGGGGAAGAUUUGUAUUUUUUUUUUUAUUUAGGAAAGAUAUUUGUCUUAAACCUUUUGUUAUUCUUCUUUGAGUAUUGUCAACAUGAUUUCAGCUAUGAAGACAGGAUCAAAGAUAAGGUAUAAAAACACUGUAUAAUUUAUUUGCUGUAUUUUUAGGUCUCAUAUAUCCUAACCAGAUGGAGGUGAGAGACAUUUCAGUGUUUUCAUUCCUUUGAGUUCUGAGCCAAAGCAGCAGAGUGAUAAAAAGAGAGAAACUGUAAUCGAGUGUCACUAUUAGGGGCGGCUGUGGCUGAGGGGUAGAGUGGUCGUCCUCCAACCUGAAGGUCGGCGGUUCGAUCCCCAGUCUGAACCAUCUGCAUGCUGAAGUGUCCUUGGGCAAGAUGCUGAACCCUCAAUAGCCCCCCAUAGAAUAACAAAGUGCUGCAAGUAGAUGCACUGUAUGAAUGUGUGUGUGACUGGGUGAAUGUGAAACUGUACUGUAAAGCGCUUUGAGAGGUCUUCAUCAGACUAGAAAAGCGCUAUAUAAAUACAAAUCCAUUUACCAUUUACUAAAUACAUUGAAAAAACACCCACAUUUUUCCCCCUAGUGGAUCAUUAUACCAGUGUGACUUCAUGAAUGUUUAAACUGAGCCUGAAUAACUCGGAAGUAUUGUCUUUAGAAUCCAUCAAAUGUGUGGUGGCUCACUUUGAGUUUGUGCUCCAGUAAUUUUUUCUACUUUUGUUUAAAAAAGCUGAAGCCUGUCAUGAAAUGUGAAAUGUCCUGCUAAACCAGCUGAAUAAAGAACCUGAGAUUA